AUGCUGCUCGACACUUUGUCGAGCGUUGCAGGACAUACGGCAGGACGAUCAUUUGAAGAUACUCUGCGUCAACUGCAAGCCGGGUAUGGAUCGCAAACGCACGACCCAUUCCCCGCCGACUUGGCGCAGGCCCUUUCUCAGCCCGAAGGUGCCUCGGCGGGGGCUGUACGGGAUCUCGAGGCGUUCAUACACCGCCUCUUCACCCUCGAUCUCGACAGCACGUUCUUCAUUCAAGUAGCAGCUUGCAUUGCGGUCAUCGCGCUGCUUCUUGUAUGCGGCGGUAAGUCUUGGCACGGUGGAGCGGCCGUACGCGGGCACCGCUGACGCUUCCCUUCGACCUGGCAGUGAUUGUCAUCUUGAUACGGAUCAUCAAGCAGAGGUUCUGGCUCAUCAAAAUUACAAGACGGUCAGAAGGCGUCUACAUUGUUCCGAAUGCUCUCAACUGCUUUUUGGUCAUGGAGGGCAUAUUUGGAUGCGUGUGGAUCGUCUUUAGCGUCACGCAAUUUUUGGCUUACUGGCGGGCUCAGAGCAACCCGCAGGGCUGGCUUGCCGUCUUCAACACCAUCAUCUGGCUUCCGCUGUGGCUUGGAGCCUAUGUGGCGGGCUGGGGUUCCUUCUAUACCGCUCCUGGUGCACUCGACCGUGGACCGCUCAGUAGCUCGACGGUCGGUCGUUGGCUACCUCGACCACUGCUGGUCAACUUGAUCAGCCUUGGAACUCCCUUCGUGCUGGUCGCGUCUGUUGCGCCACCUAUCAUUCUAGCGCAAGUCAAUCUCAACCGUUCGUUCUCCCUGUAUCAGCAAUUCUCGGCGAACGCCCUGCAGCUAGCAAAUGCGUCUGGCUCCUUGGUCGUUUCCCGUUCCACUACCGAGCAAUUGCUCGAACAAGCUGAUCGAGUCUGGAUUGCCCAGCUCCACGCGCAGUGGUUUCAAGGCCUGACCUACACCAUCUGGUCAGUCUGGGCAGGUCUUUUCCUGAUCUUCUACAUUCCGGCCGGAGGGGUGCUGCUGAAGCUGGUGUUGAGCCAAGUGCGAAAGCAGCGCAAGGUAUUGCAGGAGUUUCAAGAGCGACAAGUAGCGGCGGCCAAGGAGAAAAGGCCUUUGCCGACUCAGCCGAAAGACUCACAUCGUUUCUCGGCUGCGAGCGGUGAUGCUCCGCGACCAUUCGAGUUGGAAGAUGGUCCGUCAGAGUCGCUGCUGUUCAGGCCUCUGGGCGCCAGUGGCGUCGACGGUUCCACAGCAGUGCCAGACGAAGGUCUUACACCACCUGUCACACCGCGCACUGCAGUAGGACAAAGCGCAGCGUUGGAACGACACAAGUCGGAACAAGAGAUUUUCUUUCCGCCAUUGCGAUCAGAUGUAGAGCGCAAAGCAAAGCGACGAUUCAGUCACGCUGGAACUCCAUGGUCGCGCUACAGAUACCUGCGGCGCUGCUACAUAAACCUGCUGCUCCUGUACAUCAGCAUCACCAUCGGUGCGACUGCCUACCUGGCAAUCUCGGCACUUCUCGGCGGACGCCUACAUAGCAGCUUCGCUGGUGGACCAAAGAAAGCAUCGAACCUCAUACAGGGUGCAAGCUUGGCAGCAGCGUGGACUGCCGUGGUUUUUGGUACUCUCGCACUCAGCUCCAUCUUUUCUCGCUUCUUCGAUCCAGCCAAUGCGCCUUCCGAUGAUGACAGCAGACGACAGGCUUCACGUCUGGGAAGCAAGAGGCCUCGCAAUGGCUCGACGACUUUUAACGCUCUCAGCCCGCACGACAAGACGCGAACGUUGCCGGCCGUACCAGAAUCCGUGCAUGCCACCUUUGAUGCGGGCACAAUGACCAGCAGGGGCGAAGCAGAUACCUUCCGCUCACACAGGCAAGUGCCCGAUCCAGAGGAGCAGAGCGCAGAUGCUCUCGACGAUGUGGGCAUCAAGUUCAGCUUGAAACGGGACAAGCGCAAGCCAAACGCUAUCUUCAUGCGUCCCGUUGCAGAUGGCAUCAUGAGCCAAACUGCAUCAAUGGACGAUCCUCAGUUCCAAAUCAUGUCGAUCAACGAUGCUGAAGAUCCGCAGACUGCAUCCCGCAUCAGCAGCUCGUCGAGACGCUCAAAGAAGACGAUGAGACCAAAGCUGUUCAACAGGUCAAAGAGCAGCGUCCACGUUCCGAUGGAUGAGACGGCAACUAUGACCAGUCUCGUCGAAAACCUUGAUCUUGAUCCUGGUCGGGUGCAGCGCUCCCUGCGACAAGGCAAGACGGUGUAUUACCCGACGCCUUUUGGACCUAUGCCAGCUCCAGUGCGCGGAGCUGGCAUGCCACUUGCGCCAGCCCGCUCUCCCUUCGCCUCGGCUGAUGACUUGGCUAGACUUGCAGCCGAGCAUGCGAAUGAAGGGCCAAGUAAUCCUGAGUCAAGUGAUGGAGGUCAUCGCUACACGCAGUUGGACAACAGCGCUAGCUCCCUGGGAGCGAACCAUGCACGCCUUCUUUCGAACGCCAGUCACUCGUCUACCUUGCUACCAGCAGGUUUCGAUCAUCAAGAGAGACCCGCGACUGCAUCGACCUACUACCACACUCCUUCGGAUAGGUCAGCCGAUCACGUGCGAACGUUUUCGGGAACCCCACCUCGAUCUGCUCCUUUCAACCAGCUACGUCACUCUUCCUCCGCGCAUUCCGGCACGCCGCCCGGCAGCUCUGGUCGAGCGUGGGUGAUGCGGGAAUGGGCCUUGGCUGAAGCGGAAGGCAAAGCAUGGGGCUCGCCUCGAGGUGCGGAUGCCUUGGAGUACCAUGGAACGCCAUCAAGAGUAAGAUCAGGAUCAGGAUCGGUCUUACCGCUGCAUCUCCAUUACAAUGCCAAUCGAAGACCAAGCAUGCCUUUGCUUUCGCGCGAAGUCGCUCGUCGACCCAGCAAUGCCGCGGGGUACGCUGCGGCGCAUUCCCAAGCGGCGCCGCCAAUCCGGCGAGCUUCUCAUGGCACCCUAGCUCUGGCCCCUACGGCUGGACCAAGUCGGUCGCCCAUCAUCACGAGUGCCAGGAUGGGCAACAGACACGAUUUGCCAGAGAUGAGUCCACCUCCGAACGCUCCGCUUCCUCUUGCGCCCCAUCAGCAACCCGACGAGGCCGCGCUUGCACUUGGAGGUUGGACGCGAGAAAGUAGGGAUUUGAGCUCCGAAGCUCCCGUCCAGCCUACUUGCGCGCCUCCCCCUGGUCUUGCAGGCCUAAACGCUUACACAAAGCCCUCUUACAUUUCACCCAAAAGUCCAGCUUUGCAACUUCAAGCACUAG